CCCCCGCAGCGCCUCUUGUUCCUUGUCGAGCUCACCUCACCCGCCUUCAAUUAUUACCAAUUUUAUGUGUGGCAUUGUUUUGAUGGCAAGAUUUUGAAGAGUGCAGAAGAAUGGCUGAGCCAGCUUCAGAGGCAGCUGGCUUUGCCCAGGACCUCUUCUCACCACUGCAGUUUUGUGAGGUGGUUCAGGAAGGUCAGGGAGCCCACCACCACGUCAAGGAAGAACUACCACGACCACAGCCACCGCAGCUGGCCACCUCGCUCUCCACCACACCGGCCACCUCGAUUGUCAACAUAGCUGGGGUUACCACGACUGUACCCUCCUCGCCCUCCACCCAGCACAUACAUCUUCAAGCACAACCAAUAAUGGCACAGAUGGUGCAGCAGCAUCAGCAUGUCCAGCAGCAUCAGCAUGUUCAGCAUCAACAGCAGCAGGGUCUUACACAGCCCAGAUUACUCCAACAGCAGAUGUCUGCUCAACAGCCAAGCCAACCUAUUGGUCAGCAGCAACUUCUCCAGCAACACCAACAAGUCCAGCAGCAAGCGCAGCAACAAGCUCAACAACAGGCACACCAGCAGGUGCAGCAGCAAGCACAGCAGCAAGCUCAGCAGCAAGCUCAGCAACAAGCACAGCAGCAAGCACAACAACAAUCACAGCAGCAAGCACAACAGCAGGCCCAGCAGCAGGUGCAACAGCCGUCAUCACAGCAGCUAAUGCAAAACCAACCACAACAGCCAAAACUUCAGCAGCAGCAGCAGCAGCAGCAGCAGCAACAACAGCAGCAGCAGCAACAGCAGCAGCAGCAACAGCAGCAGCAACAGCAGCAACAGCAACAGCCACCAACUCAGCAACCUCGGCAGCAAUCCUCGUCACAACAGAUGCCAUCACAGCAACAGAUGCAGCAGCAAAUGCAACAAACACAACAGCAGCAGCAACAGACACAGCAACAAACACAACAAGUACAGCAGAAUCAGCCUCAGCAACAAAUAUUAACAUCAGUAAACAGCGUUCAGCUAGUUAAUGGCCUACAGAUGCCCAUCACUGUUCAACACGCAGGUGCAUCGAAGACACCAGCAACUGUGACAGUGACUGCUGGCACAGUCUCUCAGUCUCCCCCACUGAUUGUACUGACUGGAAUUAUGACGGCUAAUAACAACCCUAUAACAUUCACUAGUGGUGGGGCAUCGACUACCACAACUGUCGUGACUACAAAUGGAAUCUUAAAUAAAGAAGAUGUCAAACCUGUGCCUGUAAAGCGAACGUGGAGGCGACCGUGGAAGAAAAAGAAGGAGAGAGAGAAGAAGCAACCAGUGAAGAAGGCUCGGAGAAUGAAAAGAAAACGCAUUGUUGUCCAAAAAAAAAGUAUCGUCCACAUAGACCCAAGGAAUGGUCCUAUGAUUGACACAUCACUUAAUCAAAUCAAGAGAGAAUCAGAGGAAGCCAUCAAUCAAUUAAAGCAAAAGAGACAGCGAAUAAAACUCAAUCGUAAUUCUGGUCGUGAAUACGUGAAUCGUCUAGGCAAGGUGGUUGGAGCGAGGAUAAUUGGACCACCGUGCCAUUGUCCCUUGAAGUGUUGGGAAAGGAUGGGCUCCAAAAUAUUAGAAAUCUUCAACAACUUUUGGGAUCUCAGUGAUUUCAACCUUCAGAAUUCUUAUCUCUUCACCUGUCUCAAGCUCUGUGAUGUUAAACGACGCUACACCAAGAAGCCUGCAGAAGAAUCUCGACGCCAGAAUACAUUUGAGUACUUUGUCCGUAUUAGCGGUAAGCAUCUACGAGUUUGCAAAAGAGCAUUUAUGAGCUCUCAUGGACUCACAAGUGAUAAGAGACUUCGAACACUCUUUCACCAGAUGAAGGAUGGAGCUCUUGUACCUGAACCAGACAGACGUGGAAAACACCUACGACCAGUCAAGUCUCCCAACCAAAUGAGCCCCAAUCAUAAUGUUGAAACCUACAAUACUCACAAAAUCAAGAAACCUCGCACUACAAAGAAGAAACCAAACAAACUGGAGAACAAGCAAAUGUACACUCCACCACCCCCACCAAUGGGCCAUAUCCAUCCUCACUGUACUCCUCCUCCCCCACCUGCCCAUGCUACAACCAUGCAGGAGCCUCCUCAUGCAUAUAUCCCCAAUGGGGAUAUAUACUUCCCUGGCCAUUACCUCGAACCUCACCAAUCCAUGGCGCCGCCUCAUGUGAAUCAAAUUCCAUCCUGCCAGAAGAUGUUAGAGGCUCCAGCAUACUUUAUGGCUGGCAUGAAAGAAAAUACUUUCCACCAGUAAUUUAAUUAAUACAAUCAUCCAUCAGAUCGUUAAUUUACCUCUUAAUUUUACUUGCAUUUGGGGGACCUCUGCCUACGAUAUAUUUGUGCUCAAUAAUAACCCACCUGGAGACUGACACUCAGAAGAUUAAUUGAUUCAUGUAUUUUGAUCCCCGUUGUGGGAUCAAGUAUACAGAUCAAUCAAUCUUUUGACUUUUUGUUUCCAUGUGGGUUAUUAUUGAGCAUUGAGAAGUGUUCAUUACACUUCAGUUAUUCAUCAGUAUUUGUCAUGAAGAAAAUUCAUCAUAAAACAAUGGAAUAUUGAAGUUCAAGAAUGUUCACCUAUUUAUAGUUUUUCUGUGAUAAAACUAAUUAGUUUUUAAUUUUAGGAGAGCUUCCAUUGAUAUGUGAAAAAAAUAAAUAAAAUAGACACGUGUACAGCACUAGAAAACCUUUAUAAAGGAACGUUUUGCUCACCAGGAGCUUAAUCAGACCAAUGUUUUGCUCACCAGGAGCUUAAUCAGACCAGUGUUUUGCUCACCAGGAGCAUUAUCAGACCAACAUUAUCAGACCAAUGUUUUGCUCACCAGGAGCAUUAUCAGACCAAUAUUUUGCUCACCAGGAGCAUUAUUAGACCAGUGUUUUGCUCACCAGGAGCAUUAUCAGACCAAUGUUUUGCUCACCAGGAGCAUUAUCAGACCAAUGUUUUGCUCACAAAGAGCAUCAAUCCAGUGUAGUUGGUAAAGCUGGUGAGGGAAUCGUAUCCUGAUAAAAGUUUCUAAAACGCUGCACGUGUAAAUUUUAUACACUUGCUGGUUUACAUUCUCGUAUACCUCGUGUUAAACAAAUAUAGAACUUUCGACAGUAAACUUAUAAUAAAGAGGAGUGAUUGGCUGCAUGAUAUGAAGCAUCAGUAAUAUACUACAAGAGCUGUGCUUGGACGAGGUGGUGUGAGGGACUCUAACAGCAAGGUGUUGACUAAGAAACAUAAAAGAAAGAAGGAGCACUGCAGAAGGCCUACUGGCCCAUACAAGGCAGGUCUGACUCUCACCCAUUCAUGUACUUAUAGUGCAUAAAUUUACAAUAUCUUUCUCUUUCAACACACUGGCCGUAUCCCACUGAGGCAGGGUGGAAAUUUACAAUAUAAAGAUCAAUAUUUUAUUAGGAACAAAUCACUAAUAAUUUGCACUAAAAAGAGGCAUUAUUAAAAGAAGAAACAAAGUUUUUCUUUUUACGUUUAGUAGUUUAUACAGGAGAAAGGGUUACUAGCCCCUUGCUCAUGGUAUUUUAGUUGCCUCAUGCAACACACAUGGCUGACAGAGGGUUCUUUUCCACUUCCCCAUGGAGAGGAUUUUUUUUUAACAUGCUGGCCGUCUCCCACUGAGGCAGGGUGACCUGAAAAAGAAACUUUCACCAUCAUUCACACUAUCACUAUCUUGUGAGAGGUGCGCAGUUAUGACAAUUUUGAUGUCGCUAAACAGAAAAUAUUGUAAUAAAAUUAAACAUUAAACCUGCAAUGAUUAAAAAAUUGUUUCUGUCCUGAACCACUGCCAAGUCAGUUAUGACUUGACACAGUGGUCUAGGACACACUGAAACACCAUCAUAAUUUCUCUCUCCUGAGAUGAAUUAUUUUAAGUUGUUGCCACCACCACAUUGUGAGUUUGUUACAUGAACACUAUUUUGUUCUAAGUAGAACUUUGUUAUAUGUAGGAUUACAUUGAAUAUAUCUAAAUACUCCUGAAUAGAGGAGAGAUGGAAAGAGAAAAAUGCAAUAUUAUAGAAUCCUUUAUUGGUGAUAUUUUUUCUAAUACACUUACUUUUUAUCAGGUCGCAAUACAUUUGUGAGAAUAAAGAGUUCAUUGGUCAUUUCUUAAGUCUAGUAUGAAAUUUCUUGAUGGAUUUGUACUCCCAUGAAGUCCAGCAACAAAUUAAGCUUUGUUACUCAAGCUUGAUCUUUGACCAACUCUGGUAUGUUGCACGAGUCCAAGAUGGUCACUGCUUGCCAUCUUCACAAUUUAACUUUUAAACUUUUUUUUUUCUUUUUCUUUUAUGAGUUUGAAGUUGUGUAGAAUAAAUUUCUGAAGUUACUUUUAAUUCAAAGUCAAAAUCAAGGGAUUAGAGGUCAGGUCAAGGUCAGAUUUAACCUCUUUGUUGGAACAUAAAUGGAAAAGUUUGCUAAAUAGUUAUUUACUUCAUUCAUGCAAAGAAAUGGAUAUGUGUAUGAUAUUUGGCACAGCCGCAACAAAGUACAGUAACUAGACUUAUCUCUGGCAGCUACAACUGAGUGUUGACAAUUUUCAUUGCGUUUCACUUGGGAUUAUGCGAGGGCAUUGUUUCAGCCAAGGAUGUUACAAUACUUUGUGUAUAGGUUAUUUUAAGCCUUUAAAAUAAGUAUAACUGAGAAUGGGUGCCAUGUAAUUAAAAUUUAUAGCUUUUCUAGUAAUCUUGCCUAUUGGCUCGGCCUUCAGAGAGAUAGGCUUUCACACUAGUGAAGGCUCUUGAUUCAAGGUGUUAGAGCUGUUUUUUUCUUCCUCAGAUCAAACCUGAUGACCCCCUUUCUGUUUGUUCUUCAGGCACUGUAUAACCCCUCUGGGUUCAGCUCUUCAAAAUGAAUUUAAUAAUUUCCUAUUGACUUUCAGCUCUUGAUAAUGACUCAGAUCUUUGUGUGAUGGACAUCAAAUGGUCCUUUAACUUGAGAUUAUAGCAAUAGAGUUGUGUUUUCCACUGAACAUUCCAUAGACUUAAGCAUUUUUGUACUGUAAAGAAGAAUUUGAUUUUAUCAUUAGAUACUUUUUGCUUUAAAAAGAAUAAAAGGUGAAUGAUGCAGUAUUUUUUAGUUCUAUUUAAUUUUAACACAUUAAAAUAAAAAGUUAUUUUCCUAAUUUACAGAUUAGGGCAACUUUAACCCUAAGAAUCUUACAUAAAAGUUAUAGAUAAGUAAAGUUCAUGUGCAACAGUUAAGUAUCUUGAUUUGUGAAUUAUUUUGCCUACACAGAUUUCUUCAGUUCAAUACAGUGGACCCCCGCCUUACAAACGCAUCGCGUUACAUUAAAUCCGUCAUACGAAGCAUUUGAACGCAAAAAUUUUGCCUCGCCUCACGAUAAAAAGCUUGCCUUACGUGAUUCGUCCGGGACGCGUCCCAUGUGUGGCCUCAGCGCCAGUGUUUACAAGCCAGCCACUGCGGUCGCAUCUACGCAUACAUUCGGUACAUUUCACAUUAUCCCAGUGUUUUUAGUGCUUGUAACUGCAAAAUAAGUCACUUUGGACCCCAAAAAAGCUUCUAGUGCCAUCCCUGUGGUAAAAAGGGCAAGAAUUAGUACGGAAUUGAAAAAAGAGAUUAAGGAAAUGUGUGCAAAGUGGGUUGAACUGCAAACCUUUACAGAUGAAAAUUCCCCUGACACAGCUACUGCAAGCCAUGUUGGCAACCUGUACAAUGAUAAUGUUAUGGCCCAUUUUAGGAAAGUCUUAAAGGAACGGGAGGUACAGAGCUCUAUGGACAGAUUUGUUGUGCGACAGAGGUCCAGUGACUCUCAAGCUGGUCCUAGUGGCAUUAAAAGAAGUAGGGAAGUAACCCCAGAAAAGGACUUGACACCUCAAGUCCUAAUGGAAGGGGAUUCCCCUUCUAAACAAUAACUUCUACACUCUCUCCUCUUCCCAUCCCAUCAGUCAUCACCAGAUCUUCAAUAAAGGUAAGUGUCAUGUAUUCUGUUCUUAGUAGAGUAGUAAUUGUGCAUGUCUUCUUCAGUUUGUGUGUAUUAAAAUUAAUAUUUCAUGUGGUAAAAAAGUUUUUUUCAUACUUUGGGGUGUCGGGAACGGAUUAAUUUGAUUUCCAUUAUUUCUUAUGGGGAAAAUUAAUUCGGCUAAUGAUAAUUUCGGCUUACGAUGAGCUCUCAGGAACGGAUUAAUAUCGUAAGGCUGGGGUCCACUGUACAGAGGAAAUUAGAGAGAACAGAGGCAGUGGAUUAGAUAAAGAUGAUGUAGUGUUGAGGUCGUCAGUUCCUCAGCCCUGAGAGCUGGUCAGUCCCUCAGCCUUGAGAGCUGGUCAGUCCCUCAGCCCUGAGAGCUGGUCAGUUCCUCAGUCCUGAGAGGUGGUCAGUUCCUCAGUCAUGAGAGGUGGUCAGCUCCAUAAUCUUCAACAGUGUUCAAGGCUGAUCAUGUCAUCUUGACCUCUUCACUGCUUUUACUGUCUCUAUAGUCUACUCUGUAUUUGACUGAAGAACCCUACCAUAAAGGCAAAACAUUUCAGAAAUAGAUUCCCAACUGUUGCAUGUGUCUUAUUCAUCUACUUGUCAGUACAUAUUGUACUAUAUCAUACAAAAGUUGUAUCCUAAGUUUGUGUGUUUGACUGUGAGGUUCUUAUUGGGUGACAAUAUAAUGCUAGGUCCAAUGUAUAGAAUAUAGUCAGAAGAAUGCUAUGUACAUGUGGGCUUAUUGUAAUGGUAUUUUGCCAGAGCAUUUUCUCUUUGGCUAAACCUAAAUGUUAUACAGUCGUCCCUACAAAUUCUUGGGCUUCUCUUUUAUUGUGCUUGAUUAUCACACUGUUUUUAUUGAUGGGCAGGCAACCAAUGAAUAGGUUCAGUUAUCCAGUGCAGCUGCAAUCAUUACAAUGUUUUUAUUGAUGGGAAACCAGUAAAUAGGUUCAAUUAUCCAACAUAGCCGCAAUCAUCACUUUAAGAUAAAUCUGUCGGUUAAAGAUCGGGCACAUGCACCUCACUUAAAGCCACAUAUUUUCAGGGGUUCCUGUCCCCUUUUGUGUAGCUUGUGGACUGUGGAGCACCUUAUAACUGCCCACGACUUAGGUCUUUCUGCUUUCAUGGUUGUUUAUAAUUACCAGAGUGCUUGUAGGAAUCUUGGUAAACUUUCUGGAGUCUCUUUUAACAGACAUUUUUAAUAGGGUUUUUAACAAUUCUGGAUAUUUUAAGUUGGUGUGACAGUUGUGUUUUGUUUAUGAUAGUAGUUUUUAUUGUUUGUUUAUUUCAUUGUUUUUUUCUUGUGUGCUAUACUCAUUUUAUAUUACCAAGAGCAUUGAAUGAUCUACAGUUAUACACAUUCAAAGCAGUCUCAUACUUCAAAACUACCUCCGUACAUCCAAAUAUCUCUAUUCUUAGUAUUUCUUACGGAUGUCAAUAUUAACUGGAUUAAAGCAAUAUGCAGUAUUACAGAGAUAUGCUCUCUGAAAUAUAAGGAACCCAGAUUUUAUAUUUUUUUAGUAUGGCUGGCAGAAACAGCCUGGUUGACCAGGCCUUGAUCCACCACGAGGCUUGGUCAUGGACUAGGUCACUGGGGCAUUGAACCCCAGAACUCCCUCCAGGUAAACUUAAUUUUGUAUUAUUCAUGGUCUUUGUUUUAAUGGGACCUCAAGGAACAUAACUCGUAAUUUGUACAGACGACUGUAUGAGACAUGUUGAGCAUUUGCAGGGACGUAUGUUUGUCAGUGAUAAUAUUGUGAUUGGUUGCUCUAAUGUACUUUCAGGUAAGAUAAUGAUUCUAUUCUAACUAGGACUGCUAUCUUAGAUAACAAAUGAUACUACAUAUGAAGUCUAUGAAGUAAACAUGUCUUAUCAUGAAAUAGUAUUGCUUGACUCAGUUAUCCAGAACCUAUUGGUACUGAAUUCAAGUCAAACCAUUGAUUUCAGUGGCUUGAAGGUUCAGUAUACAGCCUCUCCUCACUUAGUGACAUACUCGUUUACCAACACCUCGGACUUACGAUGGGCUCUCUGACCAGUAUUCAUACCUAAAUAAUGUAUAUUAGAUCUGAUUUCCUCUAUUCUGUUUAUUACAAUAUACAGUAAACUACUGUAUAAACAUUUAAAAAUAUACCAAAAAUGUUAUAAAUGGUACAAAGGUGACAUUACAACAAUAUGAAAGAUGGUUGACACAAACUCACUACCAUUAUAGUAUGCUCCUCACUUUGUGAUAAAUUCGUUUACCGACGUGGUCCUAGAACAGAACUCCAUCGUUAAGUGAGGAGGGGCUUUAUUUCAAUAUGUCUUUCUAUUGUAUUCAGGUCAAGAAGUUGGCAACUCAGCUGCCAUGACAUGAAUUUAAUUUUUAUUUUCUAGUGUGACUGUAAAUGGUCCAAGUCGUACCAAAAUGUUGUCGUAAGCUCCUCUCACUUAUGUACGAGUUAUUUGUGUAUUGUUCCAGUCACGGUAUUGUGCUUUUUUUGUCCUUUAAUUUUUGUUUCUCUUGCCAUGCGAGCUUCAGCAUAAAAAUUACAUUGAUAUUUGUGCCUACAUAUUUGUAAGUUUCCCCAUUAUUUUCAUUUAGUUGUUUUUAAUGCACCGGCCAUCUCCCACCAAGGCAAGGUGACCUAGAAAGGAAGAAAACUUUAUAAAGUUUUUCUUCUUUUUGCAUUUAGUAAUUUAUACAGAUGGGGUUACUAGCCUCUUGCUCUCUACUUUCAUAUAGACUAAUUUUAAUAGGUUUUAAAGUAGAGUGGGUACUUUGGCUGCAGACUGUAGUUUUUUAUUGCCAUCGACACUUAAAAACUAUGUGCAGAAUAUUUCUUGUUAUCAAUUCUGUGAUUUUUUUCAUGCCAUAUUUAUAGUUGCAAACUUUAAAUAUACAAAAUGUAUUAUAAUGACUGGCAUUGAGUGAUGAUGGGGUCCAGAGUAACCACACUGUUUGUCCUGUGAUAGCAAUUUUGAAGUUUAUACUAGAGUAAUGCAUUCUGUAAAUAAUCGUAUGGACAGCCACACUUAAGGGAAGGUGUUCCUAAUGUUUCAAGAAUCUCUCUAAUUACUUGAGAACUAACAGAAUGACUGGACCUUUCAAAUGACCUUCGUGGUCAGGUUGAUUUUUGUGCCACAUUAGAUUAAGAUUAGACCCAUAAUAAGAGAGAGACUAAUGGUCUCUUAGUACAAAUUGAUUCAGAUUAGGUACUAGUUACUCAACUUCACUUGGCGAAGAUGUAUAGCAAGUCUUCCUGGCUCUUAUUAAUUGUUCAUCUUGACCACUUGCAAGGAUGAAAACUAUUACCGUCUGAUUCUGAAGUGAAGUAUACCUUAUUUGCUAUGUGAGAAAGCAGGUCGCUUUCCCAGAUAUAUUACAUACCUAAACACCCAUAUUAUUGUGCAAGAGUGAUAUCUGGAAGUAUCCUUAGAGGAACUUCUAUAUUUGUGGAAUAGGGUUGUGACAAUGCUUUAUUUUUGAGAUAUUAAUUUUUUUUUUGUAUUUACAGGUGUUCUAUAUAUAUAUAUUUAUUUGUGUGAUUAUCCAUUAAUAAUUUGAUCAAGGUCAUCAGAUUACAACAUGUGGAGAAAAGAUGGAAAGUGUCUGGUAAGUUGAAUAUACACAUACGUACUGUAUAAUUAAUUACUCUGUUGCUAACUAAUUAAAUUUAAAAGUUAAUGUAUAAAACAUUAUUUUGACUAAAAAUGUUGCUUAAGUUUAUUUUUUAUUAUAGAAAUAAAACACUUAAUUAUAGUAAACCCUGGGCUUAAUGAGCUACCCAGAAUAAGAGGAAGUGGGCGGUCAAUAAUGGUAAUUGUCAUGGAUAAAAGAAAUAACAGAUUUAAGAAUAAAAUGCAGAUUUAAGAUUGUAGUGUGUAUGUAGAUAUAGAAGGGUGGGUACAGGAGGGAAGAGAAGCAAUUGGUGGAAUGAUGAGUGGUAAGGGAGAAAAAGUUAGCAAUAUUUCAGUAACCAGUGGGCUUUUUUUCUGAAUGAAUCGCCUCAGCAGAUUGUGUCCUGUCUCUCCAAGAGCCUCUAAAUUGAGCUCUGUUAAAUUGAGGGUUUACUCUGCAUCUAAAUGUUUCAACUUUAAUCAUUUCUAUAAGUUUCUUCCAGUUUUCUAAAUGUUAUUACUAUGUUUGCAAGCCAAAAGUAAUACUCAAUAUAAAAUUAUUUUCCUCUGUGUGUAGUAAUAGUCUGUGUGUGUGUGUGUGUGUGUGUGUGUGCACGUGCAUGUGAGCAUGUACUCACCUAUUUGCAGUUGCAGGGGUCGAGUCAUAGCUCCUUAUGUGUAUGUGUGUGUGUGUCUGUUCUUUAUUUCAGCUCAGUAGCCAUCUUCCACUAGGGUAGGGAUAUCCAAAAAAGAAAACUCAUUCACCAUCAUUCUUUCCAGAAGUGUGUUAUCACAAUCAGAUUACCCUCUGACUGUCACAUCCCCAUCCCUUCUCCACAGUGCAGGCACUGCCCUUCCCACCUCCAUGACCCAAGUCCAGCGAACCAGUUUCCUUGAAUUCCUUCAUAAAUGUGUUCUUACCUGCACUUCAACAACACAUCCAUGAAAAAACUACUUGUCUCCAUUUACUAUCUAAUGUGAUUUGCAAGCCUGUUAAAUACUCAAGCCCAUAGAAAUCAAAACUUAUCUUACCCCAUUCCUCCAACUCAUUUCUGGGAUGACCCCAACCCCUCCUACUUUCCACCCCCAGAUUUAUACACUCUUUGUCAUCUUAUCCCUGUCUAUCCUUUCUACAUGUCCAAACCACCUCAAUAAACCCUCCUUAGCUCUCUGAAUUAUGCAUUGGCUGCAGAGGAUACUCAACUGGUGCGAGUGGCAACACACUGGGCAUUAUGCUCACCCUUAGGUAUUUGUCUCUGAGUGAAAUUUGCAGCCCCUUCCUCAGGUCUUGCUCCUCCAAUCUUCAUGGCCUUGCAUUUACUGGGGGGGGGGGAGGGUGUUGAAUUCAAGCAACGACUUAUCUGACUACUCGUGCAAUUUUUCCAGACUCCUUUGGAGCCUUGUCCUCAUGUUUCUGUUUUCAUCAGUUUUACAUCACCAAACAAGGACAUCUCUAGCUUAAUCCAAUCUGGAAUGUCAUUCACAUAACUCAAAAGCAUUACCGGUUCUAGUCUCAAUCCUUACAGAACCCCAUUUGUUACACUUUCCCCAUUUGAUGUCUCUCCUGACAGUCACUCUUUGCUUUCUUUCACUGUGUGUGCAUUUGUAAAUGUAUGUGUAUACAAAAACAAACAAACAAAUACACACACACACACACAGAGGUAAGUACAGUGGACCCCCGCAUAACGAUAUUAUUUCAAUCCAGAAGUCUGUUUGGGUGCCGUUAUAGACCGAAUUUGUUCCCAUAAGAGAUAUUGUGAAUUACAUUAGUCCGUUUCAGACCCCCAAAAAUACACUUACAAAAGCACCUACAAAAAUACACUUACAUAAUUGGUCGAGUUGGGAGCUGAUCGUUAUGCGGGGGUCCACUGUACUGUACUGUACAUAGAAUGGAUAUUGAUUAUUCAAGACAUUUUAUUUCUAUAGGAAACAAAUUUGGCUCACAUGGAGACGCUGUAGUGGCAAAUUUGCUGGUUUAUCAAUUUCUUCAAAAAUGAUAAUAGAUUAUCAAAAUUGAUAAUAGGUAACAUAAUGAUUGACAAAAAUUGUAACACGAUUGGAAAAAACUUGGGGAAUGGGCAUGACUUGAAUCCAUGGCAAGUCAGUUCUAAAAGUAACAGGCCAGGUGCUCUAACCUGCUGCUAAUUUUAUGACUGUCUUGACACGAGUUUGAAUCUUGCCCACUCGAGCUGAAUAGGUAAUUUAAACUUAUGCUUUUUAUGCUUUUUCAACCUGUCUUCCCAGCUUGUUUGCAGAGGAGUGAUCAAGUCCAUGGUGUGUUGCUCAAAACUAAGCAGCAGAUGAGCACAAAGUUAGUCUGUAUAUGUCUAUAUACUAUUUUUAUUAUGUAAAAUGUUACUGUAAUACAGUAGUUCUCAUUGUAUGCCUUUCACUUAGCACAAUGUGUGUUGUGUAUGAUGUGAGAGGCAUUUAUGUUCUUAGAUCAGAAAUAAAGUAACAAGCGAUUUGCUGACUAUGGACUCUAUUGCAUUUUAUAGUUUUUGUACACAUAACAACAUAAUGAGUAAUAAAAAUAUGCAGUGCAUAUUUUAUGUUAAUCAGUGUGAGGAUAGCAAGUGUCCAUUGUAGAUCUCUUGAUUUAAUUUUUGACUCCUUAAUUGCUCUUAAUGCAGAUUUAUCAAUUAUAGUACUGUACUGCAUUGCCUACAAUAUAUCUUUCUUAUACUAGUGCUUUUAUACUGAUUUACUGUUUACACAUUUUUUUUUUUUUUGGCAUCAAAGCUUAUGUAUAUUUAUAUUCACUGUGACAAACACAGAUGUGAUCAGUAUUUUGUAGUUUCAUCACCAGUUAGCUAGAGGUUUAAAAAUGGCCAAAUUCAGGUUUAUAUAAAGCAUGAGCAACAUAUCAAGGCAGUACUAUGCAUUUGUGCAAUACCUUCGAGAUGGCUAUUCAGCAAGUAGAAUUAUUGAGUUUUUUUUAACUCAACUUUUGACCAUCCAAAUAUGUCUUUAUAAGACCAUGAAAAAGACGAAUGCUUAGAGGCAAGACAGUUACAUGUAUGUUCGUUUUUUUUUUUUUAUGCUGUCACAUAUUGACAAUCUCGGCUGGUCUCGAAUGCAUUCUGACUAAAGGAAAUACCCCAUGUUGAUGUGAUGUAGAAGGCUUUUUAUAGGGUUUAAGUUGCAUCAUUCAACAUUGUACUAGAAUGAACAUAAAAUUUUUAUAUUGUUUUAUUCUUGUCAUAAGAUGUACCCCUCAUAAAAAGUGUAUCUGUGCAAAAUUGCUUCAUACAAAGGUAGGCAACAGGUUAGUGGUACGUAGAAUUAUGUACUGGGUUCAAGUAACAGAUGAUUUCCCAAAAGUAAUUCUGAGUUCUCGGGAGGAUCCAUGGCCAUGGCAACGUGUAUUGUAACUUGGACUCCAGGAGAAUAAGUCAUUGUCUCAUUACGGGACAAAAAAAAAGGGGGGGAGGGGGGACAGCUUCAAAAAUAAAUUAAAACCACAUACCAACCCUAAACAAUGUUUCUGAUGAGAGAUGUAUUUUUCCUUUUGUUUAAAUGCUAAAAGUCAGUAUCUAAUAUUAUAGUCCUUGAAUUUAUACAAGUUUACUUGGAAGUGUAUGGUUGCUGGUUUCUGGGCUCAGGGCAUGGUCAGGGCUGCCAAGAUGGAUACUGUAACACCACAGUGCGUGGACACUUGGCAUAGAUGGGACAUGGUCAUGGCUGCCAAGGUGGAUACUGACACCACACUGCCUGGACAGUCUACAAUAGCUUAAGAUGAGGAAAUGCAAGUGUUUUUAAUAGGAGGCCCAGGAAUGUGGUAUAGAAGGAAAGGGAGGUUAUAUAAGCCAUUGCAGACCAGCUCUCCUCUAAUCAGGUGAUUUUGCUAGGCUAGCAAAACCACCUGAUUACAGAAAAGCACUAACAGGACAAUCAUCUUUCAGGUAAUAACAGUAGGUAAGCCAGAAUGAACAGCAGUCAUAUCCUACUCCUAGGUAUGCAGGGAACUUCUGGUGAUAUGUCCACCAUCAGAGGCCCUGUCAGAUGUCCAUCUAAUGGAGGGUAACCUGACAUACCACAAGAUUUAAUUUCCACCAGGUGAGGUGACAACUACUGGCAGUACUGUCAAUAAAAGCUCAGAUCAAGACCCCUUUGAAGGGGAAUAUAAUACUAUAUAUUAACAUUAUUACGUAAGUACAAAACACACAAGGAUUAUACAGUGCUGCAGGGAGGAUUUUGCAUAGGUUAGGAAUGAGCGGAGGGCAGUGGUAUGUAAAAGUUGGUGCAGUAGGUUAGUUUCCAGUUGUUUCUCCAUGUAGUACCUGUUAGCAAGUUGCACAUAUCCAAUAUGUAACCAUGAAAAUUCAGUCUCCUAAACUGAAAGGGGUGGGAAGAUGGCCGGAAUCCAAAAUUAUGGUUUGAUAAAAAAUUUGCAGUCCAGUGUUGCCAGCAGUUCUAAAUGAGACCAUUGAGAAAUAUGUUAAGUAUUAUUAUUAUUAUUAUAAUCAAGGGGGAAGCGCUAAACCCGGAGGAUUAUACAGCGCCUGGUGGGGGGGGGGGAUGUGGAAGGCAUUCAGGCUUAAUUCGGGGAACUGGAGCACAGAUCCAAUUCCCUAAAUCAAGAGCCCCUCACCAACAUCAAGGAACCUUCCUUGAGGGGUAUAUGUUAAGUAAAAGGACAGAUGCAACUAACAUAGUUGGUAAUUCUACAAACAUUAUGACCACUGACAAAUAGUCUUGAGAAAGUAAUACCCAUGGGAAAAUCAGUAGGUCGUGAAUAGCUAGCUCAUUAUUCCUAACAUAGUAUCCAGGGUCUCGGCAAAAAGUGACUAUUUUCUGUCCACUAGAUUUGCAACAUAACCAAAACUGUAUAUGAAGGACAAUGGGAUAAGGGAUCUAAUUUCCAUAUAGCCUGUAACACACUUUGGGAGUCUGAAACGACCACAGAUGAUAAGGCAGACAUGGACACACUGUAUUCGAGUGUUGCACAUAAAUUUAACAUGAGAAGACUGCCCAAUUCUUGUAAAUGGCCUUAGAUAAUUCUUGCACAAAAAACUGCAGCACACCCAACACCAUCGGGAGACUUAGAAUCAUCGGUGUACACUGCAUAAGCACAAGAAUGAGAUAGGAAGUGUUCAAGCACAAGCUGUACUAAUAACCUUGCAAUGUCUUAGCACCAAGGGGGGGAAAAAACUCCAGGUUACACAUUAAUAAGCGAGUUUUUACUGGUCCAGCUUAAUAAGCCAUCCAGAGUAAAUUUGCCAUUAUACCAGAGGCUAAAGAUAUCUAAACAUUUUCCAUCCUAUCUAGGUGGUACCAUUACAGGAGAUGGGGGGAAAGGGGAUGAAAGUGAAACAAAUAUGAUAAAUAGUGAACUUUUACUAACAACAUUUAAUAUUAUUUAAGAUAUAAGCAUCAAAACACAUCAAUAUCAUUUACAAACUUAAAAAAUGAGACUGUUGCUACACAAAAAGUUCAAGUCAAGACUUCAGGAAAAAAUCUUAUACUAAAUAUUUUGUACAAUAUAUGAAUUUUAAUUAUGUCUGAAUGAUGAAGUUUAAGUACAAUGAGCAUUUACUGUACAAGUCAUGAAGCUUUAAAUGUCGAUGAAUGAAUUUAUGAAUAUCCUUGUGAUAAAAUGUUUAUUAGGUAGGCAUAUCUCUUAGACUACCCCAUAUGGAUUCACUGACCAGUUGAAAAAAAACAUUAUGAACAAAAAAAAAAAAAAUCCAUAAAUGGAAUAAUGACAACAGCCAACAGUGGCCUGUUGUGAAGUGCCAGUGUUACGUGCUUGUCACCUGCCAAGUGUCGAGCAUUAAUUACCAUAUGGCUGUUGCAACGCUCAAGCAAAAUUCUAUUCCAGAAAGAUGUUCAUCUUGCUAACCAUUAAAAUUAUACACUAUAUAAAAAAAAAAAA